AUGGCCGCCUCGCGCAUCGCGCUGCCGCUGCUGCACCACAACGACGAGUACCGCAUCCGCCAGCUCGACAAGUCGCUCGGCGGCGACGGCAUCAUCGACGCCAGCCAGUUUGCCGCCAAGAUUGCGCGCAUCCGCAACACAUGGACGCCGGCCACGCCGGGGCCGGAGGAGCGCGAGGGCAAGGAUGCCACGCAGCGAGAGCUGGGCGGCCUAGUGCUCUUCUCGGGCGAUGCAUUCAAUCCAAGCGUGGAGAGCAGCGUGAGCAGAGGAGAACACAUGAUUGAGCCGCUCAAUGCGCAGGGCAACGACGCGGCAUGCGUGGGCAACCACGACUUCGACUUUGGCUACCCGCAUCUGCGUUCGCUGAUGGCCAAGACGAACUUUCCCUGGCAUCUCUCCAACAUCGUCGACACCUCUUCCUCUCCCGCAGCGCAGACCAGCACAUCUGAAGAGCCGCAGGAGGGCGACGCCGUCGUGCCGGGCACGCAGCGCUACACGGUGCUCAACGUCAAGGGUGUCAGAGUCGGCAUCAUCGGCCUGGUGGAGAAGGACUGGCUGGCCACGCUGCCGUCGCUGCCCUCCGAGUUCCGCUAUCGCUCCAUGGCCUCCGUCGCCGUUGCGCUCUCGCAGCAGCUGCGCGACCCAGAAGGAGAGGCAUGCGAGCUCAUCGUUGCCCUCACGCACUCGCGCGUGCAGAACGACAUUGCCCUGGCCAACGCCGUCGGCGCAACCAAGGGCAGUGCGGAUGGACAUGGCGUCGACAUAGUGCUCGGUGGGCAUGAUCAUACGUACUACAUCGGUCGUGGGGCCGACUCAUUCGAGGGCGAAGCGUUCGAGAGACCGGGAGGCACGGAUGAGGAUCAGGCGUGCUUCAUCAUCAAGUCAGGCUCCGACUUCCGCGACCUCUCCGAAGCGACACUCUCCCUCUCUCCUCCUCAACACAACGCGAUUCGGCGACGGCGUAUCCUCUCGCUGAGCGUGACGCGUCAUCGUACGCUGCCCAGUGAUCCCCCUCUGCCUGCGUUGCGCAAGCGCAUCGGCGAGCUGCUGGCCAAAGUCGACGAAGCGACGGGUCAGCCCGUCGCGUUUGCACUGGCGCCGUUUGACACGCGCGCGGACAGGGUGCGGAUGGGAGAGAGCGCCUGUGGCAACUUCAUCGCCGACGUUCUGCGACACUCGUAUGAAAUGCCACUGCGCGAGCGAGACAGACGAGGAGAGCUCCAGCCCAGUCGCUCCGAGGAAGGCCGCGAAGUCGACAUGACGCUCAUCUGCGGAGGCUCGCUGCGGGGUGACUCAGUGUAUGGACCUGGCCCAUUGACGCUGCGCGCGGUGCUGGAAGUGCUGCCGUUUGAGGACGCCACCGUCGUGCUCGAGUUGACCGGCCAGCAGAUCUGGGACGCGCUGGAAAAUGGCUUCUCCGCAUACCCGCGACAAGAAGGUCGCUUCCCUCAAGUCUCCGGCUGCAACGUCGUCUGGGACUCGUCCAAGCCUCCCGGGGCGCGCGUCGUGUCCGUGACGCUGCUGCGCGACGGGCAUCUGUUCGGCAAAGAUGCGGCGGGACAGCGCAGCGCGGCACCGCAGCCGGUGACGGUGUUUGAGUUCGAGUCGGACGAGCAGGGAGGAUGCAGUGUGGAGAUCCAACGGCCAAGGCUGGAGCUGGGCCGCGAGCUGGAGAUGGACAAGACAUACCGCGUCUGCACGCGCGAGUACAUGUUUCUCGGACACGAUGGCUUUGAGAGUCUCAAGGCUGGCAAGGAACUCGUGGAUCACGAAUCAGGCGCCCUGAUGAGCACGCUGCUGCGCAAGUACCUCCUCGGCGCCAGUCUGCUCUGGCGCCUGGGCCAGCUGCGCGACUCCGUCGAGAGCGGCGGCUCCUCGUCCGCUGCUGACGCUGCACCGGCGGGCGGCGCCAAUGCACGCAUCAUGCAGGCCAGCGUGGCACGCGCGCGGCGCCUCGCCGGCACGUCGUCCGAGGAUGCCGCCGCGGGCGAGGGCUCGCUGGAGUCGACGACGCAGCAGCCGACGCAAACGACGACGACAACGCAGCCGCAGAGCGCAGCCAUGACGCCGAGCAAGUCCAAGGCGCGCUACAUCGUCGACAGCAGUCCCUCGGGCUUUCAGAAUGCGCUGCAUGCCGCCUCGGCAGCGCAUCACUCGCAGCAUGACCGCGGUGAGUUUUUUUUUGGCUGA